GUUUAAAUUCCAGGACAUUUAGGAAAUAUGAGGUAUCCAGACAAGGUAUUAACCAUGUCAUUCACCGUUUCUCAUCCAUUGUAUGUAUACUACAUGAGUGAACGUGAACAUGCUGUUUGUGGUUGUUGUUACUAUGCAUACAUGCAAAGGGAAAAAGCGCGGGGGGUGUGGCGCCUUAAUGACAAGCAAAUUGCAGCCACAUCGGCGCAGCUGGGAGGGACUGUCCUUUUCAAUGAACGCUCACGCCUUUUUUGAUUUCCAGAUAACUUCUUCCAACUUAUUAUCCCAUACACACUAACUCUACAUAAAUGUCACGAGGAGGUCGUGGUGGAUUCCGAGGAGGAGGUGGAGGUCCCCAAAGCGGGGCCAUGCAGCUUGUUUCUUUUGAUUUGCUCAAGGAUCUGGGAUCUGGUAGCUUGUUCAAUGUUCAAACAGCCUUAUUUCCUGAAAUGGACGUACCGAUGGCUCGGAAACCAAGCACUGCAGAAGGCUCACAGUGGAAGCAUAAAGACGAGUGUAUCCAGCUCAUUCAAGCAUCACCGUUUUAUCUUGUACCGCCACCUCCACCACCCGACAUUGAAAGAUAUUCUGAUAAAUACAAAAAGCGAAAAGUAAAGCAAUCACUACGUGACAUUAGAACAGAUAUGGAUUUCUUUCCCGAUGAACUACAAAGCAUCUUGGAUCCAAGCAAGAGAAAGAAACGUAAGAUGGCCAACGGCACGGGCGAUGCUUUUGCACAGUUGCAAGCUUUGAUGGAAAUGGAAGGCAAAGACACAGGCGAUGGCAAGGAUGAUGAUGAUGAAGAAGGUGAAAAGAAGGAAGGUGAAAAUCCAGAAGAAGAAUAUGGCGACGACUAUGAAGACGAAGAAGAUCUUGUCGAUGACAACGAUUACGCGCAAAACUACUUUGAUAACGGUGAAGGCGAUGACGUUGACGACGAUGACGGUGAUGGUGGCGACUUUUUCUAAGCAGCACAUCACAACAAAACAAAGCACCCUUUUUUUCGCAUUUUAAAUCAUCAUCAGCAUCAGCAUCAUCAUCCACCCAUCUUCAACUACCCACUAUUUUUCAUACACGCACAACACACGAUAUCGAACAAAUUCUUUUGUAUAUUUGCCAUUAGCUCAAUCGCUAAAAGAAAUUCUUUUACUCUACGCAACGCAUGCUGACGACUUACUGCUGCUGCUGGAACGAAUGUGGUUGAUGGAUUAGGAUAGUUUGGAUACAGUCAU